CCCUGUCCGGGCAGGGCCGCCCAUAUGGCCAGGUUUCGCGGCCCAACCACUGGUCCAUAAUCCUUAAGAAAAAACAAAACCACGGUCCCAUUUCCGCACGCAUCGAUCAACACGACACCGCCGGCGAUGAGCGCGAAGCAGCUCUGCGACGCCUUGGCCGCCGCGGGGUUCGACAGCGGAGAUCCGCUCGACCCGGAGAGCCUCGACUGGGCGUUCCUCCAGGAAGAAGACUCCUGCCGCGUGCUCGCGUGGAUCGCCGCCCGCCUACGCCGCGCCAACGUCCUCUCCGCCUCCGACCUCGAACUCUAUGAUCAGCUUGAACUAGAAGGGAAGCUUCUGGAGGGGAAGGACUUGGAUUCCGCUUUCGACAGUAUUUCGGCGUUCUCAGAAUUUGGAGAGAACCAUGAAUACACAUUCCUGUCAGAAGAAAGUCUGGGAGACAUCCGCGACUCAAAACUAGCACUUAGAGCUGAAGUUUCUGAUUUGGAAAAAAAGCUCGCUUCUCUGGAAUGGCAGCUUGAUUUGCUUACAGCGCAAGCUACCACCAUCACACAGGGAAAGAAAUCCCGCACAUCUGCUAAAACUAGUGCAACUGGAGAACUUGCAAGAUUUGAUGAGGAACUUGCCAAGAGAAGUUUAGAGAUGAAUGCAGUACUUGGAAAACUUGUUGCUACAAUCCAGGAGUUGUCUUACUAUCAUUCAGAAGCUGAUAUUGGCGUCUACCUGUCAUACUGUGAUUUCCAAUCAUAUGUAAUCAGUAACCUGGCUUGUACCAAAGAACUUAACACAUGGUUCACUAAGAAGUUUGAGAAGGGAGCUCUCCAGUUUGUUGCCAAAGAAGACAUGCCAAGGGGAUAUUCUGAAAAGCCUCAUCGUUUUGUGGUUGAACUGAAGCGAAUUAAUUCAAUAUUUGCUAAAGGUAGAAAACAGUACAUCGAAGCACAAAUGGAACAUGCUAAGGAGGAGGCUACACUUUCAAAGCUGAGAGCUCAGUUGGCAUCUCAACACUCAUAUAUUCAUGAAGAUAUCCAUUCUCUAAGGAGGAGAAAUUCUGAACUUACAGAAGAGCUGAGGGAUCUCUCCCUUCAAGUGCAGGAAUGCCUAUCCAAGACUGUCGCAAGCUUGUGUUCUGACCUGGUUCGACUUGAGGGUGCAAAUAUUCUGCAAGGGGAUCAUAACUUGAUUGUUCAUCGCCAGGAAUGCUACAUAAGCCAGCAAAAAAGGUUCAUCAAUCAUUUGGUGAAUCAGCUUGCUGCUCAUAGGUUUCUGGCGAUAGCAUGCCAGCUUGAAAGACGGACAAAAAUUUCGAGUUCCUUUUCAUUGUUGAAAGCUACAGAAAUGGAGCUGCAGAGCUACUUAUUAGCUGUCAAUAGUCGCCUGGACCAAUAUCAUCUAAUUGGCGAAGCCGUGUCUAGCAUGAUCGAAGAAGGGUCUAUUGAUGACCGGGAUACUUUUCUCCAUGCUGUGAGGGAUAUUCUUGGCAGUUACUCAGGUUCUCAAACAAUGACACCAACAUAUAUUUCAGCAUGUGCUUUGGUUAAGCAGAUAUCUGAGCUGGAGGAUGAGCUCCACUGUUAUCAGUAUGAUCUUGAAAAUGUUCUUCCACGUGAACGGGGAAGAUUUAUCGAUGAACAAUGCAGGAUGGUCCAAACACUCGAGCAGAUUUUGACUGUACCCGUUACAUAUAUGCUACCAAAAUUUACACCAUGGCCACUGGCGCAAGCUCUUGAAGAAUUGGAAACGAUCAGCUAUGAAGUCUCUGCUUCUGUUAAUGAAGUAACGAUGGCUCGAGAGGAAAAGUCGAAGAUGUUACUGCAGCCUUCACGCAAUGUGCAGCAGGAAAGACGAGUAUUCGCCGAUUUCUUCUGCCACCCAGGACGGCUUGAGAAUCAAGUGACAGAACUGACUUCUCGUGUUAGAGGAAUACCUGAGUAAUGUUGGCUAGGAUGGUCAAGGAUAGCGCUAGCCAUGCCUCCAAACAGGUUAUGAUCAAAAGAAGCAUCCACAUCAAGUUUUAUAACACCGGUAGGAUGUUGGACCCAAUCCCAUCUUUUCUUUGUAGCCUUUGGAGAGGACACAAUGACAUAGUUUGUUAUUGGAGCACGUACCCCCAUAGAACUUUGGUUAGCAUCUUGAUUUUUCUCCUCAUGCAUCAGUUUUCGCCUUAAGUAAAGCACGGUAACGGCGUUCAUCUCACGAGCAUUCUAAAGGCCCAAAAUAGCAAGCUUGGUUAGAAAGAGUAGAAAGUCAAGAAUGAUCAUGUCAUGAGCAUUCUAAAGACCCAAAAUAGAAUGCUUCAGUAAAAAUAGUAAACUCAUGAACAAUUUCAGCAGCAUGAUCCACUUCGCAAGCUUGGUGAUGUGUGUAUUGCAAUCCAUUCAUAUCA